AUGAUCUGGAGUAAUUUUGUCUGGAGAAUAAUCAUUUUUUCUGUUGCUGGACUUGGCAUCGGAGGGAAUUUCUUUUUGUUUGCAAAGCAUGUGUACGCUUCUGUCAUGGGCCUCAAGAAGAAACCCAUGGAUUUUAUUAUCAUCCAACUCACUCUUAGUAAUGCAAUAACACUCUGGGCCUCUGGAAUAUUAGAUAUAAGACUGCCUUUCCAUUUUAAUGACUACUCAGGUAGUGUUGUUUGUAAAAUUGUGGUUUAUCUGGGAAGGGUGGCCAGGGGCCUUUCCAUCUGCACCUCCUGUCUCUUCAGCAUGGUCCAGGCCAUCACCAUCAGUCCCAGAACCGUGCUCUGGGGCAAGCUCAAACCACAGUCCCCAUGGCAAGUUCUUACGUCUCUUCUGCUCUUUUGGAUCAUUAACUUUCUGAUAAGCUCCAACUUGCUGCACUAUGUCACAUCAGUCAGCAGCAUGAACAGAUCUGCAGUUGGAAUGUAUCUCAGGCACUGUUACAUGAUACGAUCUAAGCAAAUCAUCAGGUGGCUUUUCCUCUCUCUCAUGGCUCUUCGGGAUGUCAUCUUCCAGAGUCUCAUGGGCUGGAGCAGUGGGCACAUGGCUUUCUGUCUGUAUGAGCAUCGCAAGCGUGUGCUCUACCUGCACAGCUCCAGGUUGGCAAAGAAUUCCAGCCCAGAAAUCAGAGCUACCAUAAGAAUUCUCAUUCUCAUGAUCUGCUUCCUUUUUUUUUAUUGGGCUGAUUUCAUUUUCUCCUUCUACAUAGGUUCUGUCUUAGCACCUGACUCCAUGAUAUUGAAUAUUAAAGUAUUUCUAGGCCUGGGCUAUGCCAGUCUCAGCCCCUUUGUGUUGAUCAGCAGAGAUGUCAGCAAGGUUAAAUAUUGCCACAGUCACUGA